GUCAUGACACCGCUGAAAAAGAAGAAUCCAGGAAGUCAUCGUUUGGCGUCUCGAGGAUUUUCAAACACAUGGAAGGUAAACAUAAGACCGCAAGCGACGUUACCAACGUGAAGAGGAAGUGCUCGGCGGUCACAGGGAGUGGACGCAAACUGAAGGACAACGCAGCCGACUGGCACAACUUGAUGCUCCGCUGGGAGAAGCUCAACGACGAAGGUUUCACCAUCGCAACAAACAUCGUCAACGCCAGGAGUAGCAGCGAGGCAGCGGGAACUUCAGGGAAUCUUGUGGUGGGGAAUUUGGCGCUUCGGAAGGAAUGUGACAAACUGGAGGAUGUCGUCAACAAAAUGGCGGCCAUUGUCACCAAGAUGGAGCGGCUGAUGACAUCCCAGCGAGGCCUGGUGGACCUGGAGAAAUUUCAGUUCGGGGCCCAAGGAAGGAAAGUUCCGCUCUUCCACAGCUGGAAUGCCAAAGAAUUUGUGUCCUCGUGCGGCAUCCUUCUGCAGUCGUUCACGUCAGAGCUGCGACUCAAGCGCGUCCUCCUCCAGGAAGUGGCUCACAACAUGAACUCGGACCUCAGCCUGGUGUACAUUUCGUGCUGGCUCCAUCAGCCGCUGGUGCCGGCGCAUGCCCGCCUAGCGCUGGAGGCGGUCCUGCUGGAGACGGGCCAGCGACACCUUCCCGGUUGACAACGGCUUUUAUUGUGAAAACAGGAAACAAGACCAACGAGCGCUAUCCAAACAGUCGUAAAAAUAGUGCAGCUUUUGUUUCUCACAUUUAUCUACAUAUUGACAAGGCAAAUAUGAAAAAGAUUUUUUACAACAAGCUCA